ACCCAAUACUGCUUUAAAUUCAUUUAAAAGUAGAGAAGAAGAACGUCACACUUUUCCCAGCGUGAGCGGCCAUGUUGAUUUGACGUUACUCCGGCAAAUUGAAAAGACUAACUCAAGUUGACGAGUUGAAAUUUCAAGCCGAUGGGGCGUUUUCUGUGGCUUUUAUUGUUUGUAGGCGAGGAAUUACAAGUUGCAACUUUACCUAGCAUUGUUCUCAAUGCGCUCAUACUUGAAACAUGAAAAAAAAACACGAUCAAGUGGUUCUAUCUAAAAGGAACACUUUCGUGGUUAAAAGUAGAGGUGUGCGUCAGGACCGGGAUCCUGUGGGACCCAACAAAAAAAUUGUGGGCGUAGUCCGAUUGUAAGAUUUUGUGGGCGGGACCGAGCCAUCACUGGUACAAAAGAAAGGUCACGCUGAUGAACACGGGAGUGUAGUGGACGUGUUUACUAUGUUCAUUCAUUCAUCUUCACUAACCGCUUUCUGAGGAACACGAAUGGGGCAUUGCAUACACCGAAGAGCAAUUUAGCAUAGCUAAUCCGCUACCUGAAUGUAUCUGGGAGAUGGGAGGAGCCUGAAGAACCUAAAAGAUGUUCAGGUGAAACUUGAUAAACACUACACAGAGAGCAACUUGAGCUCGGGUUUUGAACCUGUGAGGUGACAACAUUGCUUCCCAAUGCUUCCUUAAUAAACCAACAGUUUUAGACUUUAAAGACGCACAGUUGACGGACACACUGAUUAUCAUUGUAUCGUGGACACACACCUUGUCAAUUACAUCAACUGACACUGAUUGUCCAUCGUGGGGCUUACUGGCCAUUGUCGGGGUUCAGGGCGACUCUCUGAUCAGGAGGAUCAACAAUGGAGUGAAUUUGGCAACCCGUGGGGCCGUAGUGGGCGGGGGCUGGGAGGGAGAAUGCGCGCGUGAGGGGGAUCAAAGCUCCACUCGCGCUCUGGCUCUGUGUCGGAUGUAACCACGCGCGCGUUUCGGUCUGAUCGGGGAUCGGAAUCACGCUUUGGUUUUUUUUUUGUUGGAUUACACCCGAUCUCAUGUUUUAUUCCUGCAGUCUGAUGCGGAGAAAUGGGUAAACUCCACUCCAAACAUGCUGCAAUCUGUAAACCGAGGGAAAGCCCGGAAGGUGAUAGUUUUGUAGUGAAUGCCUGCUUGGCGAGAAAAGGACUGGACGACUGGUUGGUUAAGCAGAAGUAUUACUGCACGAGCGCUCGGCUGGAACAGCAGGACUGUCCACAGAAAAGUACCUGCGGGGCAUCAGCGAGGGACCCUUUGAAGGAAGCUUGUGCUGAGGGUAUUAGUGAUGAGCACUGUCGUUUAGAAGUAGCCCUGCCUCCUGAGAAGAUUGACAGCUGCAGUGCAGAAGAGAAGAUGCAGGAGAAGGAGAGCUCUGCACCUACGGGUCCACACAAACAACUCCAGUUUGAGGAGUUGGAGUGUGCCGUUUCAGUGGAGGAGGAUAACAGGCAGGAGUGGACCUUCACUCUGUAUGACUUUGACAACAAUGGCAAAGUUACAAGAGAGGACAUCACUAGUUUGCUGCACACGAUCUAUGAGGUGGUGGACGCCUCGGUGAACCACUCGCCCAGCAGCAGCAAAACCCUGCGUGUGAAGCUCUCGGUCACGCCCGACGCCAGCCAGAGGUGGAGGAACGGCAGUGGCACUCAUGCCAACGCAGACAUGCCACACCCUAGACUGAAGGCUGAAAAGUGCUUUGAGGAGCCUAAAAGCUCGGAGAAGAAGUCCAGAGCCCUUCUGAGGCGUCAUCACAGUGACCAUCACAACCAGCAGGGCUGCCAGAGACACUGUGUAGAUGAAAACCUGGAGAGAAGGAAUCAUUAUCUGGACCUGGCCGGCAUUGAGAACUACUCCUCUCGCUUCGGGACAGCCGCGCCCGCCGCCGAGCCGCCCAAACCCGACCACGCCUCUCGACCGUCCAACCAGACUCGCUCCCGCUCUCAGGAGCCCGAGAACGGACACAGCCACCCGCCCCACCACCAUCGGCGCUCGCACACCAUUUCAACUGAGACCCCCGUCCUACAGGACAGCCUCUGUCUCCGCCCCCGAGCCCAGGACUCCACCCACCACUCUCAUGGCGUACGAUCACCCAAAACCCAACCGUCCUGUGGCAGAGUGAUGAAGCGAGGCCCCGCCCCUCCUCCUGCUCAACCCGUCAAAGCCGCACCCCAUCAGAGCUCUGCACCUUACCGGAGACACAAGCAGCGGCCCAGGGAGGGGCCUCCGGCGCGAGGGGCCGGGCCUCCGGGACGUGCGGCGGGGCCAGUCGUGAGUUCAGGACCGGUGAUGGAAAAGGAGCAGGUGAGGGAGCUACCCAACGUCGUGCUCUACGAAGGCGGCCUGGCGCAGGUGGUGCAGCGACACGAACACCACCACCAUCACGAGCACCACUACCACUACCACCAUUUCUACCAGUCGUAAGCGGAGCGUGAGCAUGAAGCGAAGGAAGCCGCGCAGGCCUGAGCAUGGCUGAGCCGAGACUCACAGACAGCAGGCGCCGCGUUCUCCGUGUGUCUUUGCAUGUGUAUGUAAGAAAGCAAGGACUGAACUGCAGACUAGGAAAGGGCUAUAUCUCUCUCUCGGUUUUCUCUUCCUCUUGGAUUACUUUAUUGCUCGUGCUCUAAUAUACGUUACGAACGCGGUCUCGAGACAUGUCAUGGGAUUUGAGGUCGUCGACCACCCCCCCCUCCCUCCCCUCCCGAAAUCAUGUAAAAAUCCUGCGUAAAAUAUAAAUUAUGUGAACCCUUGAAAGGGUUACGACUGUUAAAUGAAGUAUCGUGAGCUAUGAAGGAAAGGGAGAAUGUGUGUGUGUGUGUGUGUGUGUGUGUGUGUGUGUGUGUGUGUAUGUAUGUAUUAUGUAUGUAUGCAUGUAUGUACAGUAUAUGUGUGUGCCUAAAUUGCCUACGGUGUCUUUUCGACGCUGAUCCUGUGUUAUUGCGACUCGAUAACCACUUGAAAAAGCACUUGCGGUGCGCCUCCAUUCAUUCUGCAAAGGACAGACGGAUCAGAACCGGUUCCGUUCAUGCAAUACAGGACUCGGCUUCAGAGACUGCGAGGGAAAAAAGGACGAAAGGUGGGGAAUGAAGAAGGUGAAAGAAGAAAUCCUAAUCUGCUGCUACCUCUAGUGUUAUUAUAAUUGUUGAGGGAAAAAAAAAAAACGAUCAUUUAGAUAGUGUUUUUAAUUUUUGAUUAUUUUUUACACCACCACUCUCCAGUUCCGCUGUCCGUUUUUAAAAUCGCAUACAUAUGCUACAGACUUUGUUGUAUGUACCCGUUUAACAAAAAUAUACCGUCGACAUCGUACGCUUUAUGAAUAAUGUGAUCUUUUUAUUCAUUCUGUAAAAAAAUGUUUGUUCUUUCUCAGUCCUAGAUUGAUUUCAGCGUCUCUGUAUUUUUUGUUUUAAUUUUAAUUUUUUUUUUUUUUUUUUUUGUAAAGACCACUAAUUCUGAAAGAUUUAUAGCACAGUGAAGUGUAGUAUAUGAUGAUAUAAAUACUGUACGAAGAUUUGCCUUUUCAAGCAAUUUGAAUCUGUGCAGGUGUGAGUCAAUGAAUGAGUGCAAAAGUUUGUACACUCUUGGAAAUAUGUGUUUAAAAGAAGAAAGAAAGAAAAAAAAAAAAACCCACGAAGAAAUGUGUUUUAUACCAGCAAGACUUUUAUGGUGUUCAGUUUCAUAGAUGUUCCUUCAUUAUAUGUUCCCAGAAAACCCUGUCCAGUAACGUACGAUGAGGAAAUAAUUAAAGAAAGAAAGGAUAUCAAUUCAAAAGUUUGCACCCCUCUUUCUGAAUGUGAUAUAUACUUUCUCUACGAUUUAUUUAUUUUUUUUCAACGUGAUAUGAACUCCACGCUCUUCAAACAUUGCCAAAGUUUCUUGUCUUUUUAACAUCCUCUAACAUCGACUCUUAUGAUAUUAGGCAUUUUUAUUUCUUGUGUUUGGGUUGUUGUUGUUGUUGUUUUUUUUUUAAAUAGAGAAAAAAAAAAGUAAAAUGUUAGAAGAUUUUCCGAUUUAUUUUUAACUGAGAAACCAUGGGGGAUGCAAACUUUUGCACUAAUGGAAAAAAAAAAAAAAAAAAACCAGGAAAUGUUGCGAGAGAAUGUGUGUUUGGGGGUGAAUUACCGUUUGUGUGUGUGUGUGUGUGUGUGUGUGUGUGUGUGUGUGUGUGCACGCCACCUGUCUCAUGAUCUGCAGCAUGACAGAAAUGGUCACGGGUUACAGUAUCCAACCAUAACUCACCAGCACUACGCCUGCUCUCGUGUGUGUGUGUGUGUGUGUGUGUGUGUGUGAGAGAGAGAGAGAGAGAGAGAGAGAGAGAGAGAGAUGCAGACAGAAAGA